UAUUCUUCGUAAAACACAGGCAAAGAUGUCCCAGUGUGGAUAUAUUACACCAGGUUAAUGCCUUCAGUUGUGAAGCUUGCCAUAGUGUACUUGUAGGCCAUGCGAUCUUCUGUUUCCGUCAUCUUGUCAUCGGCGCCUCCGGAUAACACGAUGAGUUUUCCGGACUACCUUCAGACUGCUGCCGAUCACGCAACUCUUCUUAUCCUUGUCCGACAAGUCGGACAACAACUCAAGCAAAAAACCUUCAACCGCUUUUUCGAAACUAUCCAGCGAAUACGUGAGAUUAAAGUCACCGAUCACCAGGGAAAUCUUCGAAUACUUCAUUUUCGGUACAAACGCUCAUAUCCUGUCGAGAACAAUGAAUGGGGAGAUUUUCAAACCCAUCGACGGGUCCUUGGGCUACUGUCCUUAGGGAAAUUCACGAGCAAGGAGGAGCUCCGUGAGCUGCUCCAGCAACAUGAGGCAAUAAAGCUCCGUUACGCUUCUUCCUUGUACGAUUCGAGAUGUGUUAUGUUUGGAGAUGGGACCGGAUUAAUCCGCAAUGGUGAAGAGGCGGAAUCCGAGUUCAAAAGCGCAAAAAUCAAUUAUCCUUCAGUGGAUUGCUGCGAUUCACUCUUGGCUGACGUAACCGAGUUUCUGUCGUCCCUCUUCUGGGUCCUUGAGUCGAAACGAGUCAGUUCCCAGGGCCAUGAAAAAGUUGCGGCGUCUGAGAAACUUGCGGCGUUGGCAUCGGGUUCCAACCCGGUCAACUCGUCGCAGCUGAUUUGUGCACCGUUUGAGAGGAAGGACUUUGCUGGGAUCGAUAUCGAGUCGAGAUCGAACAAGAAACGGUGCUUGGGUCGAGCCAAGAAGCAGCAGGCGGAUUUGUGUCUUCAAGCUGGGCUUCCAUUUGAUGCCAUGGUCCAAUACAAUGCCGCUGCGGAGCUUUUAAGAGGAGCCAAUGACUGGCUCUGGCUUGGAGGUGCAUUGGAAGGCAUGGGUGCAGCAGCAGGGAUGCUGCACUAUCCGAGUUUGGGCAGGUUUCCGAGCCCCGGACUUCACAGAAAUUCAUCGUUCAGCAUUGGUGACCAAGGCGUGCCAAAACCUCUGAUAAUCUCCCAAACCAGGGAUCCUGUGUCAACGCAACUGUCAGGGAAUGUUCCAACGCCCAGCGAAAUCAUUGAGCUAUAUCGUGAAGCGAUCACCCAGUAUGGGAAGUAUCGCCAUGCGGGGAUCAUUGAAACUGAAGCUAGUCUGAAAGCCGUGCAGAUCUUGGUGCUGCAAGACAAGCCGAUCAUCGCUGCUGAGUUCCUCCAGAACGUUGUCUUCAUCAACCUCCAGUUGCCCGAAGAAGAAAAGUUCACAGCUUUCAUCUGUCAUCCAACUUUUCAAAACUCUUGGAGUGAAGCUGUCACGGCGCAUGUUUUGUUUCUAAUGGAAUCGACGGUGCAGGUUCCACGCUCACGCCUUGAAUUUUUUGUUCAGGUUCAGAGGUUCGUGACACUCGCUGGACUGUAUGAGGAAAUCGGGUUCAUCCGGAAAGCGUCUUUCUACCGCCGGGUUGCAGCCAUGCGCUGCGUAAGCCCCCAGAACACGAACCCGAGUUGGAAUGAUUGUUACCAGCUGUUGGUCCAGUGCUUGGACGGGUACCGGCUCAGUCUUGAUCCUGCCAGUUCGGGUCCACAAAUUACGCCUUCCCAUGUGAAUGUGUGGACUGAGCGGAAUUUCCCCAAUUGUGUUGGUUGGCCACACUUGCAGACGAAAGUUCUUGAGGAGCUCAUCGGCAGUGCUCGGAGAAUGGGGAACAACGCGUUGGCGAUUCGCCAUAUGAUCUUCCUGCUGCACGUGAUGGUUGGCCAUUCACCCCUAAAAGAGCUCCAAGACCAUGCGAUGCAGCUUGCGGCUUUGACAAGGAUCGAUGCCGGAGAACUUUCGGGGAUCCUUCCUGUUCCAUUGGCUUUAGAUUCUGGGGUUAUUAUUCCUCCGGUUCACUUGACUAACUUGCCAUUCGUACGGAUGUUUGAUAUGACGCCGCCGACGGCGACAGCAUUGGUUGAGAAGUCGAGUAAAAUGCGGAAAAAGGCGAAGCAGCUCGGGAAAUAUAUUGGAAGCGAUGAGGACGAAUUUAGUGCGAGUCCUUUCAUCGUUUCCAAUUUGCGGAUGGUGGGCUCAGCACAGAAGAAGAGGAACAGAGAGGCAUCUGAGACAGAGUUCUUUUGGGUUGUCGACGAGAUCUGCUGUGUGACCAUGGACUUUGAGAAUCCUCUUCCCAUGGAUCUGCAUGUUCAUAAACUGGUGGGACUCAUGUUUGGCUCGACUCCGGACUUUGGUUUGCUGACGGAAGGAGUGCAGUUUGAGGCAGAAACUGUUGAUUUAGUGAUGUCGCCUUUGUCUGAUGUCUCACUUUGUUUAAGAGGAGUUCCGCGGUGUGCUGGAAAACUGAGAAUACUUGGUUACACUCUCACAACGCUUGGAGUAACUUCGAAUUGCAAGUUGCGGAAUAUGGCGAAUAUUGGAGGAGUUGAACGACCAUUUUUGGAGGUGGAUAUCGUUCCAGAAUUGCCAAUGCUCGAAGUGACCGCGUUCCAGGGAACUCAUCAGGGCGACGACAUCAGCUGUUAUCCCGAGUCGCUCGAAUCCCAUUCCCCGCUGGCCAGGUCGCUUAAGAUCAAUAUGUUUGCUGGAGAGAAACAAGAAGUGAAGCUUAAGUUGCGGAAUGUAUCGAAGAUUCCGGUCGAGGCCGUGAACUCUGCUUUGGAGACUGUUGGAAAUCCAGCAAAUGCUGCGUCGCACAAGAAGUUCAUAUCGUGGGACGAAGAGAAAGUGUUGGAACAGCGUUUACCGAUAGACCCGGAUGGAUGCCUCGAAGUGGUUUUGUCCCUUGAUAGCAAUGCAUUCAACUUCAUAGGUCCUCCGAUCCUUGGGGACACCAUGAGCUCCAUUUCGUUGACAAGUGAACCCGGAAGUGCACCAAGUAGCCUGGCUAUUCCAAGUUGGCUGAUGAACUUUCCGAAGCCAAGAAAUCUCGAUGGCGGCACUUUCAGUGAUCCACUGUUAAAUCCAGGCAAUAGAUCCCUGGUAUCUCAGAGGUACAAGUCGACUUCAUCACUGAAGUCAGAGGAAUGUUCUCAUCUUCAAGGCAGAUCAAAGGUGAUCUCCGUCGUUUUGCAAAUGGAUUACUCCGGUGGGAGAGGUUUCACUGAAGGUUACUGCCGGAAAUGGUCCAUGGCUGUUUCUCUACACAUCUUGCCCUCAGUCUGUGUUACUGCGUGGGACAUUCUUCCCGGAGGAACGUCUGAGAGCUGUUAUCUGGUGCUUGAUGUGCAAAACGCGACAAAUCAGGAGAUGGAGCUAACCUACAAGGCUCCGAAUGAGAAAAAGAUCGCUAUUGAGCCUUUGGAUUCUUGCCGGUUUCCAAUUCCAGUCAGUCGAUGCGCUCUUAACAAGACUGGCUCCAAAGAGCUGAAGAGUCCUGAGGAAGAAGAAGCUGCUGUGGCGAAGCUGAUCGGAGAUCACUUGACUUCUACCGUGGAGCUGUCUUGGGUGCUUCCUUAUUCCGACAUUCGUGGACAGGGGAACUUGAGGGGAAUCACGCUCACUCCAUCGAUGAUUUCCUUGGUCCAAAUGCCUCCGGUGACAUGGCGUGAGUUUUUUUUUUCUUUUCUUUCGAAAACUCGCAUUUUUUCGUCCUGGCCUUUAAAGGAGGUGUUUUCCUUGAAGCUCUGCAUUGCAUCACCAGAAUUAUCUGGGGAUGUGAUGCCCGUCUGUGAGUCACAUGGCUGAAAGUCUGUCCUUCAUGUCAACGACGGUCGUAGGAACUCAUUUUGAAGGAACGCUUUUUCGAUCGUGCUGGAACGCUGGCGGUAUCACGAUUUUGAAGCUUCUCAGGCAUUCCGUAGAAUGAUGAAAUCGAAGGUUUCGCCGAUUCAAUUCAAGAAUUAUUUCCACAUAAUAGAAAAUAGCUUGUGAUCGAAUUACCUGAUCCACCAGCGUAACAAAAAUACUUUUUUCCCCAACUCAAAACCUCCCUUACCCGAAUAGCCUACUGGUCCCUUGAAGUCUAUACGUACUAUACGGAUCGUACCUCGCAAUUCGAUCACGCCGCAAUUCGGCGGUCAAAUUUACGGGGAGGUCGACUCGCAAUUCGACCCCUGCCCGCGGGGACUCCAUGUGGAAACACUUCGGACCCCUGAUUGGUUCGAUACGGACAUUCGGUGCACUUUUUACCCGCUAUCGCCUUUCUAUUUUAACGUGAAUGAAUAGUAAUGCGAACUGAAGUCGGUGGAAGAUUGACUACAGAAAUUCUAUAUUUAAAUUAUAUCCACUUUGGACGUGUUGUGAUGAUAGUUCAGAAUUUUUGUGACCCAACCCGUAUAGUUGUGUAAACACAGCGCGACUUGUGAAUCCGGAGUUAAUCCGUGAUGCUUUCAAAAGGGGUCGGAGUGAAUGGUGUUCAAGCGGGAGCAGGAAGAUUGGAAGAAGUUCACGUGGUGCUGGGAGCAUUGGUCGAGGUAUCCGUCGAACUCGGCAACUCCAUGCUCGGACGUUCACUGGUGAACCUUGUUCUGGAAAUCCGUCCAUUCAUCCCAUCUCACAGCCCGAGCAGUGCUUUAGCCUUCGAGCCAGUGUCCCCGGCCGUCGCCAACACCGUCACCGUCGUGGGUGCGGACACCGUCGCCGUGCCACACGUGCCUGUUGGUUCCCAUUUCCAUCAUCGUUGUGGUAUCAUUUUCUGCACCCCUGGAGUAUACAAAAUUGCUGUCAAGUGCCGGGCGAGGGAAGAAGUUUUUGGAAAAAUUUCUGUUCCGGUUUGGGAACACGUGCCCGCUGUUGAUAUCGUUGUCAGAGAAUGCUCAUAGUGUUUUUGAAGGAUCUGAAUUUUUUUGUCUGCCUGCGUGCUGGCAGAGCACAUUGUGAUCAAUUCAUUUGUUAUUCCAGAGUAUUUUAUUUAUUUCGUGCUUCGGUUUCACAUAAAACAAGUGACGGGGUUGUAUUGGAUA